AGGAGGGGAGGGAGCCUUCAGACUUCCUCAGAAGUCUCAGAAGCUGCAAGUUCUUGGGACAGAUGGCCCUGACUUCAAGUCCCUGUUCCCCUAGGUUUUGGGACAUGACCCAAACACAUGCUCUUUAGGGCUCCCUUAGUUCACGACUCACUCAUGACCCACCUCUGCAGAGCUGGAAUCUUCCUUCUUCCGCCCCUCUGGGCCCAAGAAAUGCAGCGGAACCGUCCGGAGUGAGCCUGAGUCACCGUCCAUCAGUCCAUCCUGUCUCUCACCUUGCAGUUUGCACUUGGUGCCAUGGAGGGACAGACUCCCGGAAGCAGAGGCCUCUUGGAAAAGCCCGUGACCGCCAGCCGCGGUCUGUCCUCCCUGAGCGCUGUCUUCAUCCUCCUGAAAUCUGCGCUGGGGGCCGGCCUGCUCAACUUCCCCUGGGCCUUCCUCAAGGCCGGUGGGGUGGCCCCCGCCUUCCUGGUGGAGCUGGUCUCCUUGGUCUUCCUGAUCAGCGGGCUGGUCAUCCUGGGCUAUGCCGCCUCCGUCAGUGGCCAGGCCACCUACCAAGGCGUGGUGGGAAGGCUGUGUGGACCUGCCAUCGGGAAGCUGUGUGAGGCCUGCUUCAUCGUCAACCUGCUCAUGAUCUCCGUGGCCUUCCUCAGGGUGAUCGGGGACCAGCUGGAGAAGCUGUGUGACUUCCUCCUGCCCAGUGCGCCACCAGCCCUGCAGCCCUGGUAUACCGACCAGCGCUUCACCUUGACCCUGCUCUCCAUGUUGGUCAUCCUGCCCCUGUCCGCCCCGAGGGAGAUCAGCUUCCAGAAAGUCACGAGCUUCCUAGGCACCCUGGCCGCCUGCUACCUGGCCCUGGUCAUCGUGGCACAGUACUACCGGGGGCCCCCGGGCCUUGCUCGCGAGCCCAGUCCUGCGCCGAGUCCUUCCUCCUGGACCUCUGUGUUUAGUGUCUUCCCCACCAUCUGCUUCGGCUUUCAGUGCCACGAGGCUGCUGUCUCCAUCUACUGCAGCAUGCGCAACCAGAGCCUGUCCCACUGGGCCCUCGUCUCCGUGCUGUCCUUGCUGGCCUGCUGCCUCGUCUACUCGCUGACAGGCGUUUAUGGCUUCCUGACCUUCGGGACCACAGUCUCUGCCGACAUCCUGAUGUCCUACCCGGGUGACGACGGUGUCAUCAUCGUGGCCCGAGUCCUCUUCGCCGUCUCCAUCGUGACCGUCUACCCCAUUGUGCUCUUCCUGGGGAGGUCGGUGAUGCAGGAUUUCUGGAGGAGGAGCUGCUGCCAGGCGUGUGGGCCCAGGGCCCUGGCCAACCCCUCGGGGCUGCUGACCGUCCUGUGGGUCGCCGUGACGCUCGCCAUGGCCCUGUUCCUGCCGGACCUCAGCGAGAUCAUCGGCAUCAUCGGCGGCAUCAGUUCCUUCUUCAUCUUCAUCUUCCCAGGUCUGUGCCUCAUCUGUGCCAUCGGCACCGAGCCCGUAGGACCACGAGUCAAGUGCUGCUUGGAGGUCUGGGGAGUGGUGUCCGUGCUUGUCGGCACCUUCAUCUUUGGGCAGAGCACGGUGGCAGCCCUCCUGGAGCUCCUGUGAGGGCGGCCACCCUGGGCAGGCGGGGGCUUCCCUGGGCCACCCUGGUGCGCUCCCUGGUCCCCGCAGGAGACCGAUGUAAUCCCACCAUAAAGAUGCUGGAGAACCUGGUACCUCUGCGUUCUCCGGUGCUCAUUGCGCUUCUGCUUGUCUGAGGGUCUCUGGUCCGCGGUGAGGGGGUGCCUCAGUCUCCGGGGCUGCCCUAACCAAUGGCCACAGGCUGGUGGCUUGGAACGGCAGGCACUUAUUCUCUCACAGUCCAGAGGUCAAGGCGUGGGCAGGGCCACGCUCCCUCUGAAGGCUCCAUGGGAGGAUCCUUCCUGCCUCUUCCAGCUCCGGUGGUUGCCAGCAAUCCUUGGCUUGUAGAGGCAUCCCCCCCUCUCUGCUUUCCUCUCUACAUGGCCUUCUUCCCUCUGUGUCUGUGUCCGAAUUUUCCUCCUCUUGUAAGGAUGCUGUCAUGGGAUUGCGGCCACCCUGAUUCAUCUUAAGUUACUGAAUCAUGGUUUGCAAAGAUCCUGUUUCCAAAUAAGGUCACAUUCAUAUUAAGUUCUUCCAGGGAUAGAACUUAAUAUUUCUGGGGUACACAACUCAAUCCAGGGUGCUGAGGCCCAGGCAUCCCUGCUUUGGGGGCACCAGGAUCAAAUACACGGGGUGAGGGUAGCACACAGAGAACCCCAAAGGGGGUUCCCGGUGGCAUCCACUGGACAUGGAGGUGCACUCAGGCUGGUCCUCGGCCAGGGCACAGGGAAGGUGGGAGGUGCCCAAGGCGAUGCAUGCCCAGCACUGGCCACACAGCCUUGCCCCUGGCCCACGCUUCCAAUGGGAGAGCCCUUCCCUCCACUGGCUGGACCUGAAGGGCCUAGAAGACAAGUGGACCGUCUGUUCCAUAGCUCCCUUCUGAGCCAGACCAGCUCUGCAGGGAGAAGUCACACCUGCGGCUGAAGAUGGGGACAGAGGGCCUGCCUGGGGAGGUCAGCGGCUCCCCCAGGCGCUGACCCUGCACGGGCCCAGCAUGGUGCUGGGUUCAGGCCACUCCUCCCCUGGGACGUCUGACAGAAGCCAGCAUGCGGGGCUGACAGCCAGGACGCCUCCCGCAGGGUACUGAUGUGAUCCUCAUAGGAUGUGAGCCUCAAGUCAGCCAUCAUAAUGCAAAAACACAAUGCAGUCAAAGAAAUGCACGCUGGGAUGUCCCCCUCUGAUGUCGGGCCUAGGAAAGGAAGGUA